AUGGCUUCAACUAUCAACGAGGCGGAGAAUGGAUUGGCAGACCUGGGCCCCAAAGAUGCCAAGUCAGCCGGAACUGCAGACAUCGAAGUAGAAACACCUGUGUUGAUAGUUGGUGGAGGACCAGUGGGAAUGCUGCUUGCAUACGCCCUGUCAGCGUACCAUGGCCAGCCAUGUGUUCUGGUAGAGCAGUCCCCUACGACGACGACAUAUCCCAAGAUGGAACUCACACAAGGACGCGCCAUGGAGAUCUACCGCUGGCUGGGACUGGCCGACGAGCUGAGAGCACUGGGCGUCCCAGAAUCCGAACAUCUGGAUGAGGUGAUUUCCACGGGUCUCGGAGAGGACGGGCACAUCAUCACGGUGUGGAAGCGAGACAGCCCCGCCGAGAUACGCCGCAAGAGCGAGAGAUUAAACGACGGCACUCUCCCUCGCGAGCCUUAUUUGCGUUGUCACCAGAUCCCCAUUGAGAAGUGGUUGAAAGAGAAAAUCUCCAAGGAGGAGAAAGUCGCCAGUUUCUGGGGUUGGAAAUUCCUUGGAUUGGACGAAAAAGACACCGAGGUGAUCAGUGAAGCCAUGGAUGCCAAUGGAAGGAAGUUGAAGAUCAAGAGUGCUUAUGUUGUUGGAUGCGAUGGCGCGGGAAGUAUCGUAAGACGCAGUGCCGGUCUUGAGGGACCUAGGACUGACCUGGCGAUACAUAUGGCUUUCAUUCAUUUCGAAUCAACAGAUUUCGACAUCCUCCAUUCACAGGGGAAAUUUUGGCAUCUCCUGAUGAUGGGUGGCUCCAUUAUUGUCGAUCAAGGCGCAGGAAUUUGGACACUUCAUAGAAUCGUCGCCCCUGGGGUCGAUGAUGCUUCCGAGGAAGAUCCUCUCAGCGUGAUAGCCGAGGUUGUUGGCGGACUGUCUGGGCCACGUCCCAUCAAUGUCGAUCGAAUUCUUGUCCAGGGUAAAUGGGGCACUCUACUGUCGAUCGCAUCGGGGUUCAGGUCUGAAAAGGGCCGAGUCUUCUUGACAGGGGAUUCAGGUACGUUUUUGACUGCUAAUGGGAAGAUGACCUCGACUGACAAGGCGAAAGCACAUCCACUAUCACCCAUGGGCGGCCAUGGUCUCAAUACCGGGAUCUGUGACUUGUGGGACAUAAGUUGGAAGCUUGCAGCUGUGUUGUCUGGUUGGGGUGGUCCGCGGCUACUGCACUCGUAUGAUAUUGAGCGAAGACCAAUCGCUCUCGCCAAUGCAGCAAUGGUGAACAAGGCGGCUGUAGAGGUCGCGGUGCCAAUAUUGACUGCAGCGGAUCGUGUUGGAGCUGCACAACUCACAGCGAAGGACGAAGCAGGCCAAAGGACUCGGGAUGAUCUGGCUAAGGAAGCUGAUCAAGGCCAUUGGCUUCACAAUCAGACCAACAAGCUACUUGGGUAUCGGUACAAUUCUCCGAUCAUAAUCCAAGACGAAGAUGGAACAGCUGCCCCUGUGAGCGAAGAUGAAAUCACAAAAUAUCUUCCGACAAGCUGGCCAGGCGGCCGUCCUCCCCAUGUCUUCCUCGCUGAUGGUAAGACGAGCAUAUUUGACUUGUUUGGCAAAGGAUUUAGUCUGGUCGACUUUUCAGCUAGUGGCCAGCUGGGAAAGAUCUUCUCCUCGGCCUCCAGUCAACUAUCAGUGCCGCUAGAGGUCAUACACUUGCCUCAAGAGCGACAUGUGCGAGAUCUAUGGGAGCGAGAUGUCGUGCUCGUUCGACCGGACGGACAUGUUGCCUGGCGCUCAACCAAUUCAGAGGAACAGAGCUUAGACAUUGAAGCGGUCACGGCUGUUUUGAACCAAGUGAGAGGGAUGGUGUAA